UCAGCGAGUCAUGUAUCUGAACAGAGAAGAAGAGCAUAAUAAAGGCUCAGUGGCACUGAGUGUGUUCCUGGUGUCAUUGGCAGUAACAGUGUGUGCUGUUUGGCUGGUGGCUCUGUGCGGCGUCUGUGGCUGGUGUCAACGCAAGCUGGGGAAGAGAAACAAACCAGGGGUCGAGUCAGCGGGCACUCCAGACUCUGCACGAGGCCGAGGAGAGAAGAAAGCCAUCAAUGAUCUAGACAGAGACUUUUGGAAUAACAAUGACAGCAAUUCAGAGCAGCAGCGGUGGAGCUCCUACCCGCCCAAGGAGUUUGUACUAAACAUUUCUCCCUAUGCCCCUUACGGAGACCCUCGCCUCACGCUCAAUGGUGCAGUCCCUGGGGGGCAGAAGGGGUCCCUUGGUGGCCGUGGGGGGGAUGGCGGGGGUCCCUCACGCAGUGACAGCGUGAAGAGCAUGAUGAUGGGAGCCAGUAAAGCCAGCAGGUGGCAGAUGGCGCAGGGCCGCACGCAGUCCGAAGAGCUGAAGAGCAGCAAUUUCACAGACCCCGCUCUUUCAUCUCUGGAGCACAUCCCCUUGGCGGGUGCCACACCCCGUCCCAGGACUCUGCUGAGGCAGCAAAGCCUCCAGCAGCCUCUUAUCCAACCUCCAGCCUCAGGCCUUGGUGCCCGUUCAGCCAUUUCACAGAGUUUGGGUCAGCUCCAUCCUCAGCCUGGAGGAGGGGGUGGAGGGGCAGGGCCAGGUGGAGGGGGAGGAGCAACGUCUACACCACAGCGCGGAGGAACCGGGACUCGAGUUACUAGAGGCAGCACAGCAGGGGGUGGAGCUUCACGCUAUAGGUCAGGAGGCACAGGGAGCCGGGUCUUGAGGGGGAACCCGGGCAGCUGGGACUAUAUGAUGAGCCAGAUCAAGAAUCGUGGCCUGGAUGUCAAGUCUUUCCUGGAAGGGAAGAUGGUGGUUCUGUCUCUGGCAAUUGGAGUGGCUGAGCAGGAUGAUUUUGCCAAUCUACCUGACCUACAGGAGGUACCACCCAGUCAAGAAACCCCUGCUGACAAGAGGAAUAUGGGUAAUAAACCAGCUAACAGUCCUAAGGGCCAGCCACCAGAUGCUGAUGGACACUCCUCUGUCUCUGACCUUGCUAACUCACUGACUGGAGACAUGGUGAUGUUGUCUCCCGGCUCCGAUGAGGAUCAUGAAGGUCCAGUCAGUGAGAAGCUGGGGAGGAUUCAGUUCAGUGUUGGUUACAGCUUCCAGGACUCCACGCUCACAGUCAAAAUAUUAAAAGGUCAAGACCUGCCAGCUAAAGAUUUCUCUGGCACCUCCGACCCCUUUGUAAAAAUCUACCUUUUGCCUGACAAAAAGCACAAACUGGAGACCAAAGUCAAGAGGAAGAACCUCAAUCCUCAUUGGAAUGAGACAUUCUUGUUUGAAGGGUUCCCGUAUGAGAAGGUGCGAGAGCGCACACUCUACCUGCAGGUGCUUGAUUAUGACCGCUUCAGCAGGAACGACCCUAUAGGAGAGGUGUCUAUUCCUCUAAACAAGGUGGAGCUGGGCCAACACCAGACGUUCUGGAAAGACCUGAAACCAUGCAGUGAUGGCAGUGGAAGUCGAGGAGAUCUGCUUGUGUCUCUGUGUUAUAAUCCAACUGCUAACACCAUUACUGUCAACAUUAUAAAAGCACGCAACCUUAAAGCCAUGGACAUUGGAGGCACAUCAGAUCCCUAUGUGAAGGUGUGGCUCAUGCACAAAGACAAGCGUGUGGAGAAGAAAAAGACAAUUACUAUUAAGCGCUGCUUGAAUCCUGUCUUUAACGAGUCCUUCCCCUUUGACAUUCCUGCACACGUGCUCCGAGAAACCACUAUCAUUAUCACCGUCAUGGAUAAGGACCGGCUGAGCCGUAAUGAUGUCAUCGGCAAGAUCUAUCUGUCGUGGAAGAGCGGACCAGCAGAGGUGAAGCACUGGAAAGACAUGCUGAGUAGACCGCGCACCAACGUGGCACAGUGGCACGCCCUCAAAGCCUGA